AUGGUCACGUUCAACGCCGGACCGCCGGGUGGCCGCUUAUUGCCGUCGCAAAAGAUCCGUCUCUCGGAUCUCGAAGGCGGAUCCUACGGGCCCGGUGCCUCCGCAUCGGUCAAGUCCCCGUCGGGCGCGCUCAGUAUCCGCACCCAACAAGAAUGGCAAGAUCUGCUCGAGUUCCACCACUUUCACGCCGAGCGAGGGGACGUGACGUACCAGUUCAAGCUCGGGCGUUUGUACUACCAGGGCUUUGGAGGUAACGGUCUCGGUGGAACGAGGGGAGGUCGAGGUCGCUUGCAAGUCGGAAUGCCAGGUUUGAAAGACAACCUCUGGGAAGGCGGGAGAAACUUCCGUGCGGCGAGCCAGUGGUUCCUUCGAGUCACAUCGGCCGUUUGGGCGACCGACGGUAAGGAGGCGACGCGCGAUCCGGGGACCAAGGUCCGAGACGCCCCUCGACUAAUCUACGAUGCGACCAAGGACCCCAAGAAAUCGACCGCAGAUGAUCAUACCGCCAUGGUCGGUGGUCUCGCCGCCGGAUACCUCGGUAGGAUGUAUCUCCGGGGCGAAGGCGCGACGGCCAAUUACGCCAAGGCGUUCCUAUGGUUCUCCCGAGGCGCCUCCCGCGGCGAUCGAGAAUCCAACAACGGCCUUGGAAUCAUGUACCGGGAUGGUCUCGGCGUCAAGCGCGACCUCAAAAAGGCGACCCUCUACUUUGGCGCCGCGGCUCAACAAGACUUGGCCGAGGCGCAAGUCAACCUCGGUAAAUACCACUUUGGGAUGGGCGAUUUCGUGAUGGCGACGACCUACUUUGAGCACGCGAUCCGUCAAGACGGUAACCGCGUACCUGAUACGUUCCAGUCGUACUACUACCUCGCCGAGCUGAGCGCUCGUUCCCCCGAUCGAGCCGAGCAAUGCCUUACGGCCGUGCAGUUCUACAAACUCGUCGCCGAGCGAGGGGACUGGGGCCACGAGGUGUGGUGGGAAGCGGAGCGAGCUUGGGAACGUGGGGAUGAGCACCAGGCGUUGCUCGGGUAUUGGAUCAUGGCCGAACGAGGGUACGAGCCGGCGCAGAACAAUGUCGCGUGGAUCCUCGACCGGGACAAGCAGAACCUGCGUAUGCCGUUCCUCGAUGUUGGACACGUCGACAACGCGAGUGAUCGACUCGCGCUCGCUUAUUGGACUCGAUCGGCCGCGCAGGACAACGUCGAUGCACUCGUAAAGAUGGGCGACUAUUAUUACAAGGGUAUCGGCAACGACGCUGGCUCCAAUGUCGAGAAGGCCGCGGCGUGCUAUCUUUCGGCCGUCAACACCCGUACGAGCGCAAUGGCGAUGUGGAACCUCGGGUGGAUGCACGAACAUGGUCACGGCGUGAACAAGGACUACGUCAUGGCCAAGAGGUACUACGACAUGGCGCUCGAAAAUUCUUACGACGCCUACUUCCCUUCGGUACUUUCGUUGCUGUCGUUGUACGCCCGUGCCGCUUAUGACGCAUUCUUCGUCGACGCGAGCGAGGACGAGACCAAGGCGAAGGCGCUAUUCGCUACGGACCCGCCGACGAGUAUCGUAGGAUCUUCGAAUACCGCGAACCACGCUUGGUCGUUCGGUCAGGCGUGGCGCGACAUUCAGCAACGAUGGGGAUAUGAGCCGACACCCCAACCCGCGCAGCAAGGUGCAGGAGGGGCAGCAGCGCCAGCGGCAGGGGGUGAUGCCGCUGCAGCAGGUGGGCAACAAGCAACAGGGGCCGCACAAGUCGGUCAGCAAGCUGCACCCGCUCCAGCGGCCGGGGCACCCGCUCACAAUGAUCUCACUGACGCGCAACGCGCCCUCGAGGCGAAUGAGGAACCGGCGGAUUGGCGUCGUGGCGUUCGUAACGAGGACCAGGGCGAGGAUGACUUUUUCAUUGAUGGCGAUGACGACUUGACGGGCACGAUUGCGAUUGUGGGAUUGUGCGUUUUGCUUGGAUGGUUGCUUUAUGUGCGCCAAGGGCAGCAAAUCAGGCCACACCCGCCAGAGGGGGUGCCACAAGUUGCCGUGCGGAAUGGCCCCGUCCCGGCGCCCGCAGCCGCUGCACCACCCCAAGCACCCGCGGCAGCAACUCCAACACCGACAUCUGCACCAAGGACAGCAACGGAAGCAACACCUCGAUCGAGCGAGGCCGACGCACGGAGUGAAAGGGAGCGAGAGCGAGAAGGGGAGGAUCUAGCAGCUCCUACACCUUGA